AAUCUGUAUCGAUUUGAAGGCACUGGAUUUUCAAACAUCCCACAACUUAUAGACCAUCACUAUACAACAAAGCAGGUCAUCACUAAGAAAUCGGGUGUAGUUCUGCUGAAUCCUAUUCCUAAAGAUAAGAAGUGGAUUCUCAAUCAUGAAGACGUCACUCUCGGAGAAUUACUGGGCAAGGGAAACUUCGGUGAAGUAUAUAAAGGCACACUCAAGGAUAAGACUCCCGUUGCUGUGAAAACAUGUAAAGAAGAUCUUCCUCAGGAACUGAAAAUAAAAUUUUUACAAGAAGCCAAAAUACUGAAGCAAUACGAUCAUCCCAAUAUUGUCAAACUUAUAGGCGUUUGCACACAAAGACAGCCUGUGUACAUCAUUAUGGAACUGGUUCCAGGUGGUGAUUUCCUCUCCUUUCUGAGAAAGAAGAAGGAUGAACUAAAACUCAAACUGUUAGUGAAAUUCUCUUUAGAUGCUGCUUCUGGUAUGUUGUAUCUCUCCAGUAAAAACUGUAUACACAGGGACCUUGCUGCAAGAAACUGCCUGGUAGGUGAAAAUAAUACUCUGAAAAUCAGUGACUUUGGGAUGUCGCGUCAGGAGGACGGUGGAGUGUAUUCCUCUUCGGGCUUAAAGCAGAUUCCCAUUAAGUGGACAGCACCAGAAGCUCUAAAUUAUGGGAGAUACAGUUCUGAGAGUGACGUGUGGAGCUUUGGCAUCCUCCUCUGGGAGACCUUCAGCUUAGGGGUCUGUCCGUACCCCGGAAUGACAAACCAGCAAGCACGGGAGCAAGUGGAAAGAGGCUACCGGAUGUCAGCUCCUCAGCAGUGUCCAGAGGAUAUCGCCAAACUCAUGAUGAAGUGUUGGGACUAUAAGCCUGAAAACCGCCCUAAGUUCAGUGAACUUCAGAAAGAGCUCAGUGUCAUCAAGAAGAAAAUCACAUAGUGACCGUACAGUGCCCAGUCGGCCCCUGGACUCUGUCCUCCAGCAGAGACAGCUGUUGUUCUCACUAACAAAGAGUUUACACUGCAUUACCUGCAACCAUCUUCUAAGGUUAUUUUUUUAUUAACUGGGUUUUUUGGUUUUUUUUAAAAUAUGUUCCACUUUUUAAAAAAUGUCAGAAGUCCUGUUAAGGGCUUGAUUAGCUAACGAUAGCCAUCCUGCCAAGUCAGGCCUUUGUAAAUAGAAAAGCACAGGCUCUGUGUGAGGGAUGGACGAUCUGUCUCCUUCACACCCAGCCCAUUGUUGUCGCUAAAGGUUCUCUAGGCCAGGCCCAGCCCAUGGGCCGCUGUCCGCGGCCCCAGGCCCUGCUCGGUGGUGGAGAAGCUGCACUGCAAUGCUGUGUCCCAGGCCCCUGUCCCCUCCCAGCUGGCUUCUCCUCUGCCAAGGCAAGAUUGUAUUUGUAAAUACAGUUUUACAUUGGGAGUUUUUUGACCACUGUCCCCCUCCCCCCCAGGGAUUUUCUUUUCUUUCUUGCCGGAAAUUAGAGCGUGCCAGGAUCCCCGUGCUCCGGCACGAGCUGUACAUUUGUCCUUCCCCCCACCGCUUCUGUCUGGGUAUCACAGAAUGCUGCAGGAAGUGGCCUGCCUCCAGUAGCGUGCCAGGAGAGGGGAGAUGGCUGUUUCAGAAGUUACUGGAGAGACUGUGAUGGCAGGAGGCAGGCGAGCAGGAGGGUGGUCUGGGGAAACGAGCCAGGAGAGUGGCCAUCAAAGCAGGCCAGGGAAGGGAAGGAGGACGCCAGCCCAUCAGAGCCAGGCCUUUGUAAACGCACACGCACAUCUGCCCUGUUCACUGACGCCUCAGAAUGGCCCCAGGAAAUGUCUCAGGAGCUCACAGAAGCAACAAACGCAUUUAGGUAGAGAAACCGCAAAGCACAAGUCCACAGAAGGGACAGCGUUCUUCUGGCUAAGUAUCUUUUAGAGAAGACAGCCCAGAAUGAACUUCCUUCGCUUGUACCAGGUUCCAGAGCUGUCAGAAUUCUGCGGUUCUAGUUUCCUAACACGCUCACGUGCACAUGCACAUGCACACGCACACACUACAAAGUGGAGGCAGGUGUGAGAGAUGGUACAGAAGUCAGGUGAUGUUUCUGAGAAGACCACCUCGGGCUAGCCCUCCUAUGUCCACUCCCCUCUUCGGUGACCGUUAGAUUGCUUCCUGGAAAUGUUGGUCAGUAGCCGAAGGUGUUCC